CACAGUUUGUGACACGUUUCUUCACUGUACAGGAUGCUCACGUGGAUCCCGGAGACGAGAAUCCAGAUCGUGGGAACUGGGCCAACAAGACCGACUACAUUCUGUCAAUGAUCGGCUAUGCUGUUGGUUUGGGAAACAUUUGGAGGUUUCCAUAUUUGGCCUACAAGAAUGGAGGGGGCGCCUUUCUCAUCCCCUACUUCACAAUGCUGGUGGUGGCUGGAAUCCCUCUGUUCUUCCUGGAAAGUGCUUUCGGGCAGUUCUGCAGCCAGGGACCAAUCAACGCAUGGAAAGCAGUGCCAAUCCUGCAGGGAGUCGGAAUUGCAGCAGUCAUGGUGACUCUUGUAGUGUCUAUUUACUACAAUGUCAUCAUCGCCUACAGCCUGUACUACAUGUUUGCCUCCAUGCAGUCUCCUCUGCCGUGGUCCGACUGCUUCAGCUGGGCAGACAGCAGCUGCAGCAACAUGAGUGCAGUGUUUUGCAAUGAAAGCAGUGUUUUGGCGGCCAACUUAACUCAAGGAAACAACACGUGUGCUUCAUCCAACAUGUCAGUGUCUGUGCAGAGUCCGAGUGAGCAAUACUGGGAUCGCGUGGCUCUGCAGCGGUCCAGCGGUCUGGAUGAAACAGGACCUGUAGUUUGGCACUUGGCUCUCUGCCUGCUGCUGAGCUCGCUGUUUGUCGCAGCAGCACUCAUCAGGGGCAUCAAGUCAUCGGGGAAGGUUGUGUAUUUCACAGCAACAUUUCCAUAUGUGGUGAUUUUGAUCCUGCUGAUCAGAGGUGUGACGCUAGAGGGCGCCAGGGAUGGGAUCGAGUUCUACAUUGGCUCCAAGUCCAACCUGGCAAAGCUGACUGAAGCAGAGGUGUGGAAAGACGCUGCGACUCAGACCUUCUAUUCUCUUUCUAUUGGCUGGGGCGGACUCGUGACUCUCUCUUCUUACAACAACUUUCACAACAACAUGUUCAAAGACACGUUUGCUGUCACUCUGACUAAUGCUGGUACCAGCGUUCUGGCCGGCUUUGCUAUAUUUUCAAUACUGGGACACAUGGCUCACGUCUACAACAUACCUGUUGAUAAAGUCGUGAAAGAAGGAUUCGGCUUGGCCUUCAUUGCCUAUCCAGAUGCUCUUUCUAAGCUUCCCAUUUCUCCACUGUGGUCCGUUCUGUUCUUCGUCAUGCUUCUGACUGUUGGUCUGGACAGUCAGUUUGCAGGAAUAGAGGUCCUAACCACCUGCCUGGUUGAUGCUUUUCCAAAAUACUUCAAAUCCAAACGGGGCAUAGUGACAGUAGCUACUUGUUCCAUACUAUACCUGCUGGGCCUGCCAUGUGUCACUAGGGCAGGAAUAUACUGGGUGACCCUGAUUGACCAGUUUGCUGCCACCUGGGUGAUGAUGCUUUUGGUCGUUUUGGAGAUAAUUGGCAUCGUCUUCAUAUACGGAGGAAACCGUUUCAUCAAAGACAUCGAGAUGAUGCUCGGUAAAAAGUCGUUUGCUUUCUGGCUGUGGUGGAGAGCGUGCUGGUUCUUCAUCAGCCCUUGUAUCAUAUUGGUGAUCCUGGGAUGGUCAAUUGCCACAUUUUCUCCUCCUACCUAUGGAAAGGUGCAGUACCCGGGCUGGGGGCUGGCUCUGGGCUGGUCUUUGGUUGCUUUCGUGCUCAUCUGGAUCCCUGUUGUGGCCCUUUAUAAUCUGCGUAAGGCCAGAGGAAGCCCCUGGGAGCGAUUCAAGUCACUGUGCUCUCCAUCUGAGGAGUGGCAUCCCUACCUGGACAUCCAUCGCGGAGAGCGCUACUCAGAAGAGCGCUGUUACAACAGAAAGGACCAUAAAAACCAUCAUGAGGUUGACGUCAGUGUGAUCUCCAGCUCAUGGCUGUGACAUGUUUGUUAGCAGCUUUAGUUGCUGAUUUUUUUGUUUUAAAUUCAGUUGAUUUUUUUCUUUUUGUAAGUGCAUCGGUUUGUGUGCAUACAGAAAGAGGGAAGAUUUGCACAUAGUAAACUGUAAAACAAUACGAACUUUAAAUUGACUUUUUAAAUGUUGAUUUCUAACAGAUAACUGAUCCCUUUUAUUUAUUUCUAACUCUUAACCAGCAGUUCAGGUGUCUGAACACAACCAGGCAGUGAAUCCGUGUUUACUUGAAUGAUACUAAUAUAGAUUUUUAGACAUUAAGGUUUAAUUUUUGAGUUAAAAAAUGACUAGUAAAUAAACCUUUACAUUAAGCAGUAAUAUUUAUAUCUACAACAGUAAAUUAUACCAGACUAAUUAAGAAAAAUAAUGACAAAGUGCAGAUUAACUUCCUUCUUGUGGUGUAAAGAAUGUUUAUAUGGGUUUUUGCUUCCACUUGUGUAUUUAUUUCAUCAAUGGCUAUUUAAUCUACAGUAAUAUUAAUGCACCAGUUUAAUUUAGAUGUUUUAUUUUAUGUAUUUUUUUCUGUGUAUUUCAGUAAAUAUGUGUCUUUUUUAUGUAGCUUAUAUGGAAGACGCUGUAAGCGGUGUUCGCUUAAUCCAGUGUGGAUCCUUAGGCGAGACCCUUCAUGCUGUUGCCUAUCUGGGUCUCCCUGUGCCUUGAAAGUACAGGGUUGUGUAAAGAAGGGCAAAACUCUCUGCCAAACCAUCUGUGCAAAUCUGUGGGUCGCUAUGGCAACCUCUGACAGGAUAAGCCAAAAGUUGAAUGUCUGAAUGUGUCAUUUAAUGCUGGAAGUGUCUCUGAAUUUAAUCUGAAAGUGUCUCUAAAAUAAAAUAAUUUCAACUUUGAAGGUCAGUCUUUUAUUAGUGUUUUGGUCUUUUUUUCUCACAUUCACAUAUUUUCUGUCCACAAUAAUGUGCAACAUUUUGAGGGUCUGUAGGUCUAGACUUAGCAGUUUUUCUCACUAUGACUGAAUUAGUUUCUC